AUGAAACCACAACAUCCCUUCUCCCCUCUUGAAACAGAGUCCUUUGAAUUCUCCGAAAACGAAGAUGAUGAUUUGAUCUCUUCCGAGGAUUUUACAUUACCACAAAAAAACCAUCCUCGUGACUCUGCAAAAUCUCAAAACAAAAGGACAUUGUAUUAUUUGAUCCUUGUUGUUCUUUUCCUGGUGACAGCAGUGACACCUGUCUCUAUUUUUUAUAUAUUUUCAAAUUAUCAACAAACUUUACAACAACAGCAAACAACUAUUUUACAAAAUAAUGAGAAGUCCUCUGAACAGCCAUCAGAACAAAACAAUUCUCAGUCACAAAAGGAAAUUUCAUCCUUUUGGACCAAGAUGGAUCAAUUCUAUUCCAAGAGCGAUUUUGAAAAAGCCAACGAAAUAAUUCGACCUUUAGAAAAACAUUCGAAAUUAUUUUCGAAAAAGACGAUCACUUGCUUCUCAACACAACAUGCAGUGACUUGUGGAUUAACCAAUCAAUUAUUUGAAAUAAUUAAUUGUUUGGCAUUGGCAGCCAAGUUAGGUGUGAAAAAAGUUAUCCUUCCAAGCAGUUGUGUGGAUGGAAAUUGGGGACUAUGUCAUUGUGACGUUCCUCAACCAUUUUCAAAGUUAUUCGAUUUAGAUCGAAUGAGAAAGUAUGCAAUGGAGCGGUUUGGUUUGGACGUUGAUGAAUUUGAGCAUGUGUCACCUACCACUUUUGCUGGCUCCAAAAUUUCAGAACCCUUAAUCAAGAUGGAUGACAGGACCAAUGACAUGAAAGAGAUUGAGCAGGCAGCAGAAGUCAUUUACACGUUUGCGACUAAUCGAACGGAUUAUUUGAAUCAUGAGGUGUUAAAUCUUGGUUUUGUUUGGGGAAGAUGGCAACCAAGAUCCAUUCCUGAAGAGUUGCUCUAUGUUCAAUUUUUUGAUUUAUUUGCUCCAAGUCAAGCAGUUUACAAAAUUGUGGAAGAAUGGAAGUGGAAAGUUCGUUCCUUUGAUUCAGGUGAACCAAAUGGUUUCACAGUUGUGCAUUAUCAAUAUGAAUUCUUUCCUGGGUUCUAUCCUGGAUGUGAACGAUCAGAAUUCAAACCAAAUGAAUUUUUGGAACUAUUGGUCAACGAAUUGAAGAUCAAGAGAGAUUCAAGUGUGUUGUUGAUUGGCACUGGAUUCGAACAAUUUAGUCCUCAGAAAGAUCUCAGAUCUGUAGAAAUUGCUCAAAAUGGAAUUGCUCUUCAUUUACAAUCCGAAUUGUUGUCACAAUCAAAGAAUCAUCAACUCCAUAGUGCAGCCAUUUCCUUUUGGUUAGCUUUGGAUGCUGAUUUUUUCGUUGGUACUUCGUGUGAAAGUCAAUUCGUUUCACACUUGUUGAGACUUCGAACGAUCAUGAAAAAACCAACCUGUGCUCGAUACGACGUCAGAAAAACAAUUUAUCCAUGGCGUUAUCCAGAAAAAUAUCUAAAUGCAACCUACGCAGAUGUCAACUUUUCAGAUGUGCCUUACUUCUUUCCAGCUCACAAUCAAGGAAAGGUUUUCUUUGCAGAAAAGUGUUCUCAUUUCAUCAAGUAA